CGAAGUCGCAUUAGUAACCCAUCACCAAUCUUCAAUCUUCAACCUGCAACACUCCCUCCAACAACAUGGUCUCUGCGAACCAGCAACAUUCAACAACAUAAUAAAAAGGAGAAGGACUGCAAUAGCGCAUGUCGAAGCAAUGAACGUCUCUGUCGCCGUUGGUAGAGCUCUUGCGCGACAAUCUCGCCACCACCUGAGGCAGUUUUCCAGCGCAAGAAUACUCUACUCCUACCAGCCAUACAGUCUCCCAACACAGCCUGCGACACCCCUCGGCAACGACAAUGUAUCGGAAGCAUCCAUAUCAUUCCCUCCCUCAGUACCAAAGGUCCACGAAACACGCCCGCCACCAGGACAGCAGAAGUCUACCCCUAGCCUGGAAAAGCCAACCCCAACAGCCAAGGCCCAAUCCGAAAAGCCUGUAGAUGCUCAAAAGGCUAAGGCUGCAAGACCGCGCUCGAAGCUGCGACCCCGAAAGGCUGCUAUGAAGCUGACGCCUGCUGCUGUUGAGCAGUUGCGCGCCCUCCUUGACCAGCCUGAACCUAAGCUCAUCAAGGUUGGCGUGCGCAACAGGGGCUGCAGCGGCCUUGCAUACCAUCUGGAAUACGUCGACAAGCCUGGUGCAUUCGACGAAACAGUAGAGCAAGAUGGCGUCCAGGUGCUUAUUGACAGCAAGGCGCUGUUUAGCAUUAUUGGUAGUGAGAUGGACUGGGCCGAAGAUAAGCUUAGCCAGCGCUUUGUUUUCAGAAACCCGAAUAUAAAAGAAGAAUGCGGCUGCGGCGAAUCUUUCAUGGUAUAGAAUCAUAAGUCUGUAUAACAUUUACAAGCAUGUUGGUAGUGGCACAAGAUUCCAUGAAAAAAUCAUGGAAGACUACCAGAAGCAUCGAAAUCAUAUUUCCAAACCGAUAAAUCGGUCAGUCUGUUUUAUAGGGCAUUAUUGGCGUUAAACAUGGAGUUUGGGUUAGAAAGGUAUACAUAGCAUGCCUAGUGCAUUUACUCCCCUUUGUACAUCUGACUUGGGACAUUUUCUUUAGUCAAUCGGAGCAAACGAAUAUGAAAUAUUAUAAAUACAAACACAUAAACUACGCUAAUUCUUUAUUGAUUACACUAUCCCGCCCCAUCGAAUGGUAAACUUGAGUCAUCUGGUAUGUUCUCGGUGGUGGCAAUAAGGUCACGUGAGCAGGCG